AUGGGUAAAUUCAGCAGCCAAAAGAAUGUUGAACGAAGCGAUCACGGAAUUGACCUGCUUCCUCUGGCAGCCCAGCUGCCAUGGGCCACUGGCAUUCGCUCAUGUCGACAAUCAAAAUACUGGGAACUAUGCCUCGAUACAACACGUACGCUCCUCGAGCACUUUGCAGCUGACCCAUCAGCCGCGAAAGUAUUUCGGUCGGGAGUGUCACUCGCGGAGAUGUCGCGCCAGGAGCUUGGUAAAAAGAUGGAGGAUGGCUGGGUCAAGUUUGCGCCCUACUUCUUUUCCGAUAGCGACCCAAAACGCAUGCGGAUUUUGGCUGUGCUUAUGGUUUUCAUCUUUAUAUUUGAUGAAUUUUGGGAGAUGCAUGAUGCCAGCUCGUUCAAUAUUGUGUAUGAGCAGUUUAUUGUUCGUAUGAAGUCAGGGUUCACACCUCCAGUAGAAGACAGGACCCCACUGUUGCUGCUAAUCGACCAGAUAAUGGCAGAAAUCAAGGAGUUGGAUAAUGCUUCUGGUCACUUGGCUGGUCGCUUGAUGUUGGACGAGAUGGUAGCUUUCUUUUCGCGGCCACCUCCUUCGAAAGCAUACGAAAACAUGGAAGACUUCUUGUUGUAUCGACACAAGGACGCAGCAAUAGAUUUUGUCCUGGCAUGUACCGCGUUCAGCCUCGAUUUCCCCAUCGACAUCAGAAGUCCGAAGUUAGCGAGAUACUACCGUCUUGUGAAGGAUCAUGUCUCAAUUGCGAAUGAUCUGGGAUCCUGGGCCAAAGAAAAGCGCGCCUAUGACAGAGGGCAAGUUUUAUAUCUGAUCAAUACAGUAGACGCCAUCAAGAAUUUUCUGAGAUUGGAGACGGAAAAUGCAGCAAUUGCGAUGGCGUAUGCCCUUCAACUGCAGGUCGAGACGCAGAUUGAUGAUGAGAUCGAGUAUCUUAUUGCCGAAGACUCCCUCACAGACAAUGAGUGGCGCUUUAUCGAUGCCACAUUACUUGUGCUGAGUGGCAACGUUAUGGCAUCUAUUGUCAUGUCGCGAUAUGGAGGGGAGGAGAACAGGCUGAUGAAGGAUGCUAGUUGA